GUUCGUGAAUUGAUAUUUUACCACGGUCAAGUCCAGUCGAUCUUAUAUAAAUUAUGUAUUAUUUAUUAAUGUUGACGAUCUUUCUGUUAAUUUUAUAUCUGAUUAGAGCUGUCAGGAAACCUAAGAAUUUUCCGCCAGGUCCAUUUUGGUUUCCAAUAAUUGGAAAUGUAUUCCAACUGAGGAAAUUAACAGCAGCUUUAGGAGGGCAAUAUUUAGCGUUUUCCAAGUUGUCGGAAGAUUAUGAAUCAAAUGUGAUUGGACUGAAAUUGGGAGUGAAUAAGGUGGUAGUAGUAUUGUCAUAUGGCGCAGUAAAAAAAGUUCUUACUUCCGAAGAAUACGAUGGUAGGCCUGACAAUUUUUUCAUCAGACUUCGAUCAAUGGGAACCAGAAAUGGUAUAACUGGUACUGACGGAGAGCUCUGGAAAAUCCAAAGACAUUUUGUAACUCUUCAUCUUCGCCAGCUUGGACUGGGUAAAAAACCUAUGGAAAGUCAUAUUCAAGACGAAGUUUCUGAAAUGUUAACGGUUCUGGAGAAAAACAAAAACAAAGAACUGGAAAUUGAAACAAUUAUGCAGAUUUCGGUGCUCAAUGUAUUAUGGGUAUUUAUAGCUGGUUCCAGAUUUCAAAGAAAUCAUGUUCGCCUCGUAGAACUAUUGAAACUUUUGGAUGAAAGAGGAAAAGCUUUCGAUAUAGCAGGUGGUGCGCUCAACCAUAUGCCCUGGUUGCGAUUCCUGGCUCCAGAAAAAACAUGUUAUAAUUUGGCACUGAAAGUUAACGAUAAGUUCAAAGCGAUGUUGAUGGAACCUAUUCGAGAACAUUUUGAAACAUGGACAGAAGGGCGAGACGAUGACUUGAUUCAUUUUUUUAUCACAGAAAUGAGAAGAGUUCGGGAUGAAGAAACGACAUUUACAGAAACUCAACUACUGAUGGUUUGCUUGGAUAUAUUUCUGGCUGGAUCGCAAACUUCGAGUAGUACUCUUACUUUCGCAUUUCUGAUGAUGCUUCUGAAUCCUGAUGUAAAAAAGAAAGUACAUGACUGUCUUGAUAAGGAGUUUGGAAAAUCUGAACCUAUAACACUUAGUGAAAGAAACAGAGUUCCUUACGUAGAAGCAGUUCUCUUUGAAGUAGAGAGGAUGUUCACAACCACUCCAAUAAUUGGACCACGAAGAGUUCUGAAAAACACUGUACUGGAAGGUUAUAACAUACCGAAGGAUACCACGGUAUUAAUGAGUUUAUAUUCCCUGCACAAUGAUGAAAAAUAUUGGACUGACCCCGGAAUAUUCAGACCUGAGCGAUUUUUGGACGAAGAAGGUAAAUUAAUAUUCCACGAAAGACUAUUACCAUUUGGUUUAGGUAGAAGAAGAUGUCCAGGAGAAAUAUUAGCAAAAAGCUGCAUAUUUUCAUUUUUUUCCGAAGUUAUGAGAAGCUACAACAUAGAAUCUCCCCCUGGUACUCAAGUACCUUCUGGUAAACAUCACUCUGGAAUUACUUUGAUACCACAAAAAUAUAGAGUUGUAUUCGAUAAAAGGCACUUCUGAAUAUUUCAAUGUUGUAUGUUAAACAAGUGGAAACAAUUUCCUUAAAAACUAUUAGAAAAGGUAACAAAUAUUGUGCUUAUGAUGAAAAAAAUAAAUUGAAGUUCAUCCAAGGUACGAGGGAUUUCCAUCGAAAGUAGACCUUCUACUGAAAAAACUAAAUACAAAAACUUGCACGAACCAUUUUUUCACACGUAACACACGAUUUUUGGUGGAAAUUUAUCUAUUUGUGUUCUAUAUAUUUUUUAAUCGAAAUAUUCAGUAUGCUAUUUCAUUUUCAUUUUGAAGCUACUAAAAUACCUCUUUUUCAGCCGAAUUACUCAUGUGCUGUUAAAGCCUAGUUUUGAAAAUUAACACUGGUACUUUUUAAAGUAUCUACUUUCAGAUGGUAUAAAUGAAAUCACAUUUUUUUGUAAUUUUUUUUCAUGGUAACGUUACUUGUACAUCAUACAUUAGCAUCAUCCGGAAGAUGUUUCAAUAAAAAAGGCCACUGAUGAUUUUGACAUUCAUAUUUUGAUUAGGCACAGAAUUUGGAAUGACAAAAUCUUCCAAAUAGAUAUGUAGAUUUUUUAAUACCUACAACUCAAAGAGGUGUGAUUCCGGUGAAAUUUGUGGAAAAUUAGACUUCACUCCUCCAUCAAAUUUCAAGUACAAUAAUUUUCAUGAAUAUUACUGCAAUUUAAUCCCAACACCAAACCGUUAUUUUCAACACGUAUACACGUGUU